UCCCUUACCUCGUGCGCAGAAAAUCACCUCCGGAACUUCAUGGGAGAAAACUUAUUAUUCAACCCCAAAGAGAGUGCAUAUAGGCACGACAACGAGAAUCUUUAUAGUAGGACAUCCAGCUUGGGUUAAGUUGAAUGAAUAACUUUUAAGCGCAAAGGGUUGGAAUACUAAAACUUAAUCAAAGAUAUUCAUUUGAAUUUCCCCUUUGCGUGUCCUUGGGCAAUAUCCGAGCCAGAACGCACCAGGCUUCUUGACAUUACCAUGGCAACGUCAAAGUCUAAUGACUCUGACCCAUCAAGCCCCCAUCCCCUGAUUGCAGUUGUUAUCUCAACCGGGUUAUGAGCAAUCGACGCGGAGUUUUUAAUAAUAAUAUUGACACUGCUUUGAUAGCUAGACGAGGUUUUGGGGCACACGGCUCACCACAGACUGUAUGGCAGCGAUAAGGCAAAAUCUAGGAUUCAUUUACCUGUCAUUAAAGCGCUUCCCGUGCGCUGAUUGGCCGGCACGUGUCCCAAUGUGUGGUCCCUAUGUCAAUUUAUUGGUUGUUUGUAAACAAAUAUUUUGGAACAAAAGAGGGCUUGUCGAUAAACAAACAACAUUGGUGGUCGAUAAAUAAGUUUGGAGGCUCGCUUCUCGGGCACUCAGAGUUUGAGGUGUCGCAUGAAAGAGAGGAGCUCAUCGCUAUCCGAAGAUCCGAGGAAUCUCUCCGAUAUCACGCGAGGAAACAACGCGUGCAAACGCAAUUAACACGGAUUACUUUCAAUACUACUUUACCUCCUUUUAAACUCGUGGUUUAUUCAAGUGGGAACAAAGAAAACGCUCAUUCAAGAGGGGACAAAAAGAGAAAAACCGCCAUAGGAAAAGAAGGGUAAAAACGCGAUGUACCCGACUCCACAUCAGAGUUGCUUCCACGUGUCGGGGUAUCCCUACAGUCCCGUAAUGGCGGCGGCGCAGCCCGCGACCUUCGCUGGUUACGGGUGCCAUUCUUCCUCGAUGUACCACCACCAAGCGUGGGGAAGGUCCUACUAUCCUUUUUACACCGGCUAUUAUUACCGCGGGCACGAGCCUCUGCCUAAGCCUCCGUACUCGUACGUGGCUCUCAUUAGCAUGGCUAUCAAACAGUCGAAGGGACAGAAAAUUACCCUAAGUGGCAUUUACCAGUUUAUUAUUGAGAACUUCCCGUAUUAUAGACUGAACAAGAGGGGAUGGCAGAACAGCAUACGGCAUAAUCUAUCGCUCAAUAAGUGUUUCGUGAAGAUACCAAGAGAGAGAUCGGAUCCGGGUAAGGGAUGCUAUUGGGCGCUUGAUCCAGCCUACGAAGAGAUGUUCGAGGAUGGGAAUUUUCGCAGGCGAAGGCGGCGGUGUCGGGCGUACCAGGGAAGUGGGAAAGAGUCACGGAGCAUUGAUGAUGAGGGGGAGGAAAAAGGCGAAGAUGAUUAUGACGCGGAAGACUUACAAUGCAAGAAAGAGGAAUUAGCCUCGAGUCAGAGCUCGGAUGAAACUUUGCUUUCCUGUUCUACGAGAUUUGGUGAACGCGAAGAAAAAAGGCGGAAAUACGAUGGAAAAAGCAAUGUUGAGUGUAGGAGUAGCGAACUUUCACAAAAAGCCUCAAGCCACCCUUUCAGUAUUGCGAAUAUCCUCCAAGGAAAGUCCUCACCUCGCAUGAAUGUUGACGAAUCGUGUAAAAAGGAUCCGAAUGUAGAGAGCAAACUAGAUCAAACGGGUGCCGAAGUUGUUUUCCCCGCUCACGUGAAAAGCUAUAACAACUCUAUCUUGGUUUCUGGCGCCAAAAGCAUCCCGUUUGUCUCAAGUCAAACUCAAUCGGGAGCGACUAGUUAUCUACCUUACAAUAACGCGUGAGACAUGAGUUAUACGACUCUAAGAAUUAUCCACCUCCACAAAACUCAAAAUACUUUAAAAACAAUCGAGACAAACUAUUGGUCUCACGGAUGUACAUAUCAGGGAACUGACAUAUUUGUCGAUGUUUUCUUGAGCUUUCACUGCGUUUAAUUGAUAUGUUUUGGCGAAAAAUUAGGAGUUUUGUGUUUGACACUGUUUUUUCACUUGAAGAGUACUUGAGGUCUCGAGACUCGAAAAGAUAAAGUUUCAAAACCUGCGGAUUGCGUUUCGCUAAAGCAUUUCUCAAACCACUCUCUAAGCACUUUGCUGUUGAAUAGGGCUUACGAAGGCUUCUUCUAGUCUGCUAUUUAUUCAUCAGGUUAUUGAAAACGAAGCAUUUUUUUUUUAGUUUGACCCUGUUAUAAUUGUGUCAAAUUAGAUAUUUCGUUGUUUAAUCUUCAUUUCUAUUGAACUCUAACAAGGAAAACAUGAUACUAUCUGCGCCAGCUCACCCUGCGCAAAACGUUAAUUGUAAAAUUCGCAACAACUUUGAAAUAGAAUGAUUCUUUCUCGAUCGAAACACAAAUACAUGUAGAUAUAUUAAUUUAUUUAUGAGACGCAAAUUAUCUUGUUUGACAAAUCAAGGCGAUUCAUUAAAGUUAAGACGUGUAUCUA